GAGCCAGUGGUGUCGGACUUCACGGAGCUCUUUGAGGUUCUGAGGGAGGAUGUCAUGAAGUGGGCGAGGCGGCAGAAGCGCUUCUUCGUUUGGGGCGACAGCCUGGGUGCUGUCUUGGCCUACGAGUUCGCGAAGCUCUGGGAGGCAGACCCAUCAACCAGCCUUCUGGGCCUCUAUGCAUCCGGCAAUGCGGGGCCUUCUGAGGCCAGCCGUGAGCGCGGGAUGGGAGAGGCUGCCAUGGUCCACCUGGGCUACGAGGGACCGUGCAGGGAAAUGACGCAGGAGGACUGGAAGCGCUUUCUGCUGGCCUCGGCGGGAACCGGCCGUGCGGAGUUAGAGCAGCUGCUGGAGAAGCCCGAACUGGCCGAGAGCAUUGUGAACCCGGUGCGUGCCGACUGUCUUGCCUAUGAGUCCUAUUGCUUGAACCAAGUGGAGCGCAUCCAUUCGCCCAUCGUCACUUUGCGCGGUGGCCAGGACGUCAUCACCUCACCACAGGCCAUGCGGUCCUGGCAGGAGGUGGCAGGAAGCCGCUACGAGCACAAGGAGUUCGGGUCCUUCGGGCACAUGCUCGCCCGGGAGUGCCCAUCCCUCUUGGCAGAGCUCUUCGAGCAGUACUCGUUACCAGACUUCACGCACGAGCUGCGCCAUUUCGAGACCUUCCGCACUGCCUACAGGCUCAUGCGCACGCGGUCGCAGCAGCACGGCUCCUCGCAGAAGGCCCGGGAUAUCCGCAAGAGCAUGCGGGUCUGCAGCCCAACGCUGGGUGCAACCAAGGUGCCCCUGGACUUCGAGCUGAACGUGGCGGAGCUGGAUUUUAACCUUGAGCUCCUGGACGACAUCACCCCACCCACGAAGGAGGUCAAGGUCAUGCGGGUCGGCAACCUCACAUGGAGGAAGGGUGCCGCGAUGGGCAAUCCAACACGCUUGCCAUAA